AAGCAACUCAUUCAUUAGUGCAGAAAAUUUUAAGAUUAAAAAAAAAAUCAAAUCAAGGAUGUUGUUUAGAGGUUAAGUUAUCAAUUCCAAAAGAAUUAUAUUCAAAGUUUCAGAACUAUCCUAUGUGUCCAGAACGAAUGAAAGUACUAUAUGAUUGGUAUAGUUCAAAACAAAAAGAAUG